AUGCCGCGGCGCGUGUGGUGCCGGGAGAAGCACAACCACCCGCCGCCGCAGCAGAUCCAGCUCCCUGCGGCAGCGGGAACGGCGGCGGCAGCAGCGUCUCCGCCCCGCCCGCAGCUGCAGCCGCCCAAGCAGCAGCCGCCGCGGCCGCAGUCUGUGGCGCCGCCGCAGGGCCGAACUGAGAGCGCCGGCACUACUUUUGUGGACAGAAAGAUGCUUAGUGACGGCGCGUUUCCUUCACCAUUUGGGAGCAAUGCUACUAAUCCCACCACCAGUACUACUAAUUGUACUCUUCCCAGCGGGAAUCCCGUGAUUCCAGGUCAAAUGCCGCCUCUGCUGCUGGUAGGCGGUGGCAAUGGUGAGUGCCGGAUGAUGGAGCAGCGGAAAGAAGAUCCUGGGGUAUUUAAUUUCAACUUCCUGAAGGCAUUGGGCAGUCAGCAGCAGCAGCAGCAGCAGCAGCAGCAGCAGCAGCAGCAGCAGCAGCAGCAGCAGCAGCAGCAGCAGCAGCAGCAGCAGCAAACGGUCAUGGCGCCAUCGCCAUUCAAAACGCCUCUACAGAAAUCCGCACUGCCGUUUGAGGGUCUUCUGAAGUCUCCGUUUGAAGCACUUCAGAAACCGCCGGUGGUGCCGGAAGGUCUACUGCAGCGCUUGCAAUCACCGCUCUUUGGGAACUUCCAGAGGCCCUCGGUGCAGCAGCUGGGGGAGACAGACGCAAAGGAUUCUUCUGUACCCGCGUUUGCCCUUGGUCUUGGCAGCUUCAAUACUUUCACUCAUCUUGGUGCGUGUGCCGCCACUGGUGCGGCCACUGGUGCUGCCUCUGGUGCUGCUGCUGCUGCUGCCUCUGGUGCUGCUGCUGCUGCUGCUGCUGCUGCUGCUGCUGCUGCUGCUGCUGCUGCUGCUGCUGCUGCUGCUGCUGCUGCUGCUGCUGCUGCUGCUGCUGCUGCUGCUGCUGCUGCUGCUGCUGCUGCUGCUGCUGCUGCUGCUGGGACAGCAGCCGCCAUGCUGCCAGUGGCGCGGGACAGCAGCGCUGCAGCAUCCUCCACCAGUGCCGCCUCUGGCAGCGGCAGUGGCGGCGGCAGUGGCUGCGGCGGCAAUGGUGGCGGCGGCAGUGGCGGCAAUAGCGGCGGUGGUGGCGGCGGCGGCAGCUGUCGGUCCUCCCGGCCGGUUGCUCCUCCCCCACAGACCAACCCACCUCGAGGCGAACUAGUGAAUCUGAGUGUCAAUCCGGCGGACUAUGAGGCAUACCAGGCCGUGGCCUCUGUUGUGCCCUCUGUUGUGCCUGCUGCUUCUUGCGUUCAUGGGAGCUCACCAGCAGGUGCCACUGCUAACCCUGCUGCCUUGCUACCCAUGACAACCGGUCAGCCUGCAACUGCAACGGCACUGGCCAGUAUGGCAGGGGGCAGAGAAGGUGCUACUGGUGGGGGCAGCGAAGGUGCUUCUGGUGAAGGUAGAACUGACCCCGCCCAGUGGACUCCUCACCUGGCCUUGGAAAGUGCUCCUCCUGUCUCGUAUGUUCACAGGGGAAGCGAUAACCUGAAAUUUGAGUCUGUUUCUCAGAGCACCAGGUCAGGGUUUGGGGUGGAUGGAGGAGGUGAGGGUGUGAAGGUCACAGGGUCGGAGAGUGGGGGUAUGGAGUUGGACCUGAUUGGUCAGUUUGAUGCAGCGGGUGCUAGCUGUAGACAUGCCAUUUCAGGCCCGCGAUUCCCUUCCACAAAACUGCACUUGUAG